UUUAAUUAAACAUUUCAAUGAGUCCUAACAGAAACAAUAAUUCUUACUAGUUAAACUAUUGUUCCAAUAUUAGCUAAAAUUUUGACAUGAAAAUUUUAUUAUUAAUAAUUUUAUUUUCAUCUGGUGUAUACUGUUUAUCAAUUGCGAAUAUUUAUAUAAAAUAUUUCAAAAAUAAAGCCCAUGAAAUUGUUGAUAAGUCAAUACCAAAAGGAUCAUGUUCGAGGCAUUUAAAAUACCUUAUCACGGAUGCAUUAAAUAUAAAGAAUAUAUGGGCAUUAAAAAUGCUGGAUGCCUCGGCAAAAUUACAACCAGGAAUUUUAUAUGGUGGAACUCACAAUUUGGGUAAUUUUGAUCAAUGCAUUCAAAUAAAGAAACAGAAAAAUGAUGACGAAGUUAUCGAAGGACAGUACUGUACAGUACUUUUGUCGCCAGUUAAGAUUUAUACCACAGAUUCAAACUCGGCUGUAGAUAUAUUUCAAGUUCUACCCAGACAUUUAGAAUUAGAAGAAAACGUAGAUUUUGAACGAAUGUUGAAUUUUAUAAAAGUUAUUUUCGGAGUCUGCUUGCCCAAGUCUUGCAGUACAGCCAAUUUACAAAAAUUAUGGAAUUAUAUAGAACAUACUUUUCAUAUUCCUGUUCACGUGACAGUCGAUGACCAUCUUUGUUCUUAUAAAGGAAAAGUACCUUUUGUCUAUGAUUUCGAUUCAUAUGUUUUUUUAAUGUUUGGUUUGUAUGGUAUUUUUGUCAUGCUUUCGACAGCUUAUGACAUGUUAUACUAUUCAUAUCUUGAAGUCCCACGUAGAGUAUUCUUAGAGGAAUGUUUCGUUGCCUUCUCCUUGCACAAAAACUUCAAAAAAGUCUUUGAAACACCUCAGACCAAAGAAGGCGACCUUUUCGGCUGUUUGAGUGGGAUGAAAACCCUAAGUAUGCUAUGGGUUAUUUAUGGCCACAGAUUUGCUUUUAACUACAUGAGCGGAAGCAUCAACACAGUGGAAAUCUUCCAGUGGCGCAAAAGUUAUGCCGCUUUGCCAUUGGUGAUGGCGCCGUUCUCGGUGGACACAUUCCUCGUCAUUAGCGGCCUGCUUUUGGCAUACAAAUUUAUGCAAAUCAGGGACAUUCUGCCUGAAAGCCAGCCCAUGCCCUGGUACGUGCUAUAUUUGGCGAGAAUUGCCAGAUUAUCGCCUGGCCUUUUAGCAACAAUUUUAUUUUACACCAGCAUCAUCAAAUAUUUUGGAGAUGGACCACUUUGGCCAUUAAUAAUGUACCAAGCGGCCCACUAUUGCAAUAAAAUGGGAAUAUCAUCUGCAUUAUUUAUAAACAACUUGUUUCCUAAAUACCAGUGUAUUCCGCAAACUUGGUAUUUAUCAGUGGACACUCAGCUGUAUAUGAUAGCACCAGUGAUUUUACAUUUUCUUAUAAGAUAUCCGAAGAAGUCAGCAAUGUGCUUAACUCUUUUAUCAGGAAUAUCUAUGAUUUACACCUAUUACAUUACAGUAACGUAUAAAUUAAAAUGGUUCUUUCUUGACGAUGGUUUAAAGUUUGUAUCUUUGAUUUAUGAAUCAUCCUUUGUCAGAUUGCCGGUUUGGAUGUUUGGAAUGCUUACAGGAGCUUUACUAUAUAAUUGCGAGCACAUAAAUAUUUCUAAGCCGUUAGUCGCAGUUCUGUGGUCAUGUUCAGUCGCUCUGCCGUUCGGCAUUGCUUGGAUCAGCAUUCUCAUGACGCGACAGCCUUAUAAUGAACAUGCUUCAGCAUUGUACAAUUCGCUGACUGGUCCUGCUUGGGCACUGUCCGUUUGUAUUAUUGUAUUUUUCUGUUGUACACAACGGGGAGGUAUUCUUAACAAUUUUCUAUCGUUGAGCUUAUUCAAAAUAUUGACUCGAAUAUCCUACAGCAUCUUUCUAAUUCAUUUGUCUGUCAUUUCUAUGAUAGAUGGUAAUAAGAGGUCUGUUACAUCAAAUAACAACUUCAAAUCAUUCCAUGCCUUUUUAGGUGACUUACCUUUUAUUUUCGCAGUGGGAUUGUUAUGGUGCCUGUUUUUUGAGUCACCCUAUAUAAACCUAGCGAAAAUCUGUUUUAAGUACACUUUUGGUGACGAUAUUCUUGCUGCUGUUUCAUUUCAUGGAAAAUCUAGAGCUGUAGUCGUUUACAAACCCAAGAAAAUGAAAUGUCAAUGAUAUUCUGAGAAAUAAAAAUCUUAAGAUCGUAUUUUACCUUUAUACAAAAGAAUAUUUCCGAGUUUUUUAAAACAAUUAUUUAGAGUGUUGUACAGGGUGUCCCAUUUUGUUUGAAAUCUCGUUUGUAUAUCCGUCAUUAUAGAAUGAUUAAAGGUCUUGACAGAGAGACAGACGGAAAGACUGAGCGACAACAAAGUGAUUAUAUAAAGGUUUCGUUUUUUCUUUUAGAAGUACGGAACCCUAAGAUAAGAAUAAUAUAUUCAGAGAAACAAAAUGAGACACCUUAUACAGAUAGUUUUAAAAAGAAGUGCCAGUGUUUAAGAUAUUUAUGUUUCAGCUUUAUUACAGUUUUUGCAUAUUAAAAUUGUUUAGUAAAUAUACAACAAAAAGAAAUAAGCUAAAACAAAUAAUA